CCCAUUUCUGGUGCGCAUGAGGGGUACGCCGAUGUCAAAAGCGAGCGUACACACUGACGCAUGCGCAUAAGCGUGUUCAAAAAAUGUGGCUACGAGUCGGUUUAACCUUCCAACGGUUAAACCACCGACACUGCGUGGUAAUAUCCUCAGCAUGUGUCCACCAGUUGCACACUAGUAGCGCUCAGUUUACGUACAGCGGCUAUGAUGGGCUGUACCCUGGACACAUCCCCACCACCCCCAUCCAGAAAGCCUUGUUGGCCGUUGGGUCAGGUGUGGCUGCUCUGCAGAACCCCUACAGACAUGACAUGGUUGCGGUGCUCGGGGAGGCGACGGGACACUUAGCUCUCAUAAACCUCAGGGACAGAAUGAGAAACGACCCUGAGGGCCACAUAAUCUUAACAGAAAGGCCAAGGAUCCGUCUGUCCACGCUCGACCUGACGAAGAUGGCCUCACUGCCGGACAACUCCUUUGGAAGGCAGUACCUCCGUUUCCUGGAGGACAACAAUGUGACUCCAGAUACGAGGGCAGAUGUGAAGUUUGUAGACAACGAGGAGUUGGCCUACGUUAUGCAAAGAUACAGAGAGGUCCAUGACUUGCUGCACACCUUACUGGGCAUGCCCACCAACAUGCUGGGUGAAGUAGCAGUGAAGUGGUUCGAAGCAGCUCAGACGGGGCUUCCCAUGUGCACUCUUGGGGCUUUAUUGGGGCCACUUCGGCUUAAUGCAAGCCGUUUACAGUCACUUUUCACGUCUUUGGGCCCCUGGGCCCUGCAGAACGGCAGGCGGGCCCGCUGUGUCCUCAGCAUCUUCUAUGAGAGGCGGUGGGAGCAGGAUCUCGAGGACCUGCGACGAGAGCUGAACAUCGAGCCUCCUCCCGUCACGCUGAACAAGAAAAAGAACCAAGGUUCAUGAGUGGUUCUAGCCUGAAGACUGAAUUGCAGGCAAACCACAAAUAUCUUACGCAUCAUAUUGUGCAAUCUUUUACGAGAAGAAUGUGGUUCUUCUUUAUUGAGGAAGCAUGUUUAGUCAUGUUUAGUCAUGUUUAAGUCAACUACAGCUAAUGAAAUGUUCUAAACUUCUAGCGCAUGUUCUGGUGUAGCUAGAUCAAAAGACUCACUCUACUGGUUAGUUGCCAUCUGUUGCAAAGACUGAAUCGUGUACAGCAUAUUGUACAGUAUAUUAUUAAAGGUUGACACUGAUCAGCCAUAAGGUUCCGAUCAUAAACAAAGUGAAUGCUGCUGAUUAUUUCAUCAUCAUGACAACGGUCAGUGGGUGGAAUAUAUCAGAGAGCAAGUGAAUAUUUUGUUGUCAGCGUGUUCGAAGCAGGAAGAAUUGCCAGAUAAAUCCAGGUUGCAAUGCUGCCCCAUGUUCACUGCUUUAAGAUAAGAUAAGAUUGAUUACUUUAUUGAUCCCAACUGGGGAAAUUCAAAUGUUACAGCAGCACAGCAGUGACCAGAAAGAAAUUAAAGAAUUAAAGAAAUUAAAUAGGACAACAACAUUAAACAGGACAACAGGCAACAAGAAACAACGUACAAAAAGUACAGUACACAAAGUGACAGCAGUUGUGGAUAAAGUGACAGUGUAAGUAUGCUACAUAUGGGCUCAGUGAGGUCAGAGCUGUUUGCUAAUCACACUGCUGUUGUACAGUCUGGUGGCAGUGGGCACAAAGAAGCGUCUGAAGCAUUCGGUUCUGCCCCCGGGGGAUGGGAUGAUCCGCCGGUUGAAUGACUUCAGCACUGAAUGAAGCACCUACAAUGAGCAACAGAACAAUCACAUGGCCUAAUAAAAAAUGUUUACUUUUCA